AUGAGUCCGGUGAGGCGCGGGGGCAGCCCCUGCCUUUUCCCUUUACAGCUCUUCAGCCUCUGUUGGGUGCUUUCAGUGGCCCAGAGCAAGACAGUGCGAUACAGCACCUUCGAGGAGGACGCUCCUGGCACGGUCAUCGGGACCCUAGCUGAGGACCUGCAUAUGAAAGUAUCCGGAGACACAAGCUUCCGCCUGAUGAAGCAGUUCAACAGCUCGCUGCUCCGAGUGCGCGAGGGCGACGGGCAGCUGACCGUCGGGGACGCAGGCCUGGACCGCGAGCGGCUGUGCGGCCAGGCACCACAGUGCGUGCUGGCCUUCGACGUGGUCAGCUUCUCGCAGGAGCAGUUCCGGCUGAUACACGUGGAGGUGGAGGUGAGGGACAUCAACGAUCACGCGCCGCGCUUUCCCCGGGCCCAGAUCCCCGUGGAGGUGUCCGAGGGCGCGGCUGUGGGCACGCGCAUCCCGCUGGAGGUGCCUGUGGACGAGGAUGUGGGAGCCAACGGGCUGCAGAGCGUGCGCCUGGCCGAGCCUCACAGCCCCUUCCGCGUGGAGCUGCAGACGCGCGCGGACGGCGCCCAGUGCGCGGACCUGGUGCUGCUGCAGGAGCUGGACCGCGAGAGCCAGGCCGCCUACAGCCUGGAGCUAGUGGCCCAGGACGGCGGCCGCCCGCCGCGCUCCGCCACUGCCGCCCUCAGCGUGCGAGUGCUGGACGCCAACGACCACAGCCCGGCCUUCCCGCAGGGCGCCGUGGCCGAGGUGGCGCUGGCGGAGGACGCGCCCGUGGGCUCCCUGCUGCUGGACCUGGACGCAGCCGACCCCGACGAGGGCCCCAACGGCGACGUGGUGUUUGCCUUCGGUGCCCGCACCCCGCCCGAGGCGCGCCGCCUCUUCCGCCUGGACCCGCGCUCGGGCCGCCUCACCCUGGCAGGACCCGUGGACUACGAGCGCCAGGACACCUAUGAGCUAGACGUGCGGGCCCAGGACCGCGGUCCCGGGCCUCGGGCCUCCACCUGCAAAGUCAUCGUGCGCAUCCGCGACGUCAAUGACAACGCUCCGGACAUCACCAUCACCCCGCUGGCUGCCCCGGGCGCUCCUGCCGCCUCUCCCUUCGCCGCCGCCGCCGCCGCCGCCGCUCUCGGGGGUGCGGACGCGACCUCGCCGACCGGACCUGGAACGCCGGAGGCCGGCGCCAUCUCGCUGGUGCCAGAGGGGGCGGCGCGCGAGAGCCUGGUGGCGCUGGUCAGCACCUCGGACAGAGACUCGGGCGCCAAUGGGCAGGUGCGCUGCGCCCUCUACGGGCACGAGCAUUUCCGGCUGCAGCCGGCCUACGCGGGCAGCUACCUGGUGGUGACCGCGGCGUCCCUGGACCGCGAGCGCAUCGCUGAGUACAACCUGACGCUGGUGGCCGAGGACAGAGGCGCGCCCCCUCUACGCACCGUGCGGCCCUACACGGUGCGCGUGAGCGACGAGCCUUACGGUGCCUCUCCCGGCUUCGGAAAGGAGCCGGCGCCCCCUGUGGCGGUCUGGAAAGGACACUCUUUCAAUACCAUCUCCGGCCGAGAAGCUGAGAAGUUCAGCGGCAAAGACAGCGGCAAAGGGGACAGUGAUUUCAACGACAGCGAUUCCGACAUCAGCGGGGACGCUCUGAAAAAGGAUCUCAUCAACCACAUGCAGAGUGGACUGUGGGCGUGCACUGCUGAGUGUAAGAUCCUGGGCCACUCUGACCGCUGCUGGAGCCCGUCAUGCGGAGGGCCCAACACACAUCCCCCGCCUCACCCACCGGCCCAGAUGUCUACCUUCUGUAAGAGCACGUCCCUGCCUCGUGAUCCUCUGCGCAGGGACAAUUACUACCAGGCCCAGCUGCCCAAGACAGUGGGGCUGCAGAGCGUCUAUGAGAAAGUGCUACACAGGGACUAUGACAGGACAGUCACUCUGCUCUCCCCUCCCCGCCCGGGGAGGCUCCCAGACUUGCAGGAGAUUGGGGUACCCCUCUAUCAGUCCCCCCCUGGCAGGUACCUGUCCCCAAAGAAGGAAGCCAAUGAAAAUGUGUAA